AUGAGAGUCAGCUCCUCCUUCGCGCUAGCGUUGACUCUCUUGCUGGUACUUUCUCCAGCAACUGUCGCCUCAAGAGUUCUGCUGCAGGAAGGAGAGGAGGCGACUGGAGAGGCGGCGCCGGCAGCUGAAGGAGAAGCCACGGCGACAGAAUCAGAGGAGAGCCAAGGAGCGGGAGAUGUCUGUCUUACUGCAGACUUUCCUCUGGAGUUUCGAUCGCCUGUGCAGUUCAAUGUGAAGGAUGGGUUCGGGCCCUUCAAGGAUGGCUCCCUCGACCUCCAGUGUGACUGUGCUGGCUACACCUGCAAGUGUAGCGGGACAGAGGAGAAUUGCGAUGCCUACUCGGUGCUAUGGUUCUACGGCCUUGCCUACUCGCAUCAGUUCGGGAGUUUCUUCUACGACAUGCCCGAGUACGAGAGGAAGUAUCACCUCGAGUCGAUGAUCUUCUGGACUGUGCUGGGAACCAUCCUCUUCUGGCUGGGGCUGCUUACCAUCAUCUACAUGGAGCUCAAGGCUGUUUCCAUCACCAGAGAGCGAGACGAGCGACGGAGACUCGUGCAGCUGCGAGCGAUGGAGAGGUCGAGCAAGAUCGUGGACCUGGAGAAGAAAGAGAUGCUCGUCAUGUCUCCUCGUGCUUACAUCACAAUCGCUGGCGCUAUCUUGCUCUUUGUUGGCCUCUUCUUUCAGCUCAUUCCCUUCUGCCACCUCCUACGUGAGCUGGGCAUUCCCGUCGCCUUCCACGGCUUCUGCAUUCUUUUCGUAUUUGUGAAUGCGCUUGUGCUGUCGGCGUCGAUAGUCCUCCUGGUCUUGGGGGUCUUGUGGUCUUGCACACGAGGGUUUGCUGCUCUAGUGUUGAUUGUUGUCGCCAUUGCCGGCGACCUGAUGAUCUUUGGGGGGAUCGCCUACUGCCUUGUUUGGAUGAUUGUUGCAGGAGCCGUCCUCUACCUCUACUUCUCUUUCCUCCCCGAGCUCUACAAGGACUACAGGGACCUAAGUGACCCCAAUAACGGUCGAUACCCAGUGUGGCUCCAAGACGCUGGGAACUUUGAGCUGGAAACUGAUCUCGAAAAGAUCACGUCAAGCUUUCAUGCUGCGGGCAAAGACUUUGUGGACGACAUCUCUAACAACCCUGUUGGUAGUGGCUUGAAGGACGCGGGCGCAAAGGCACAGGAGGCCGUCAACAAGAUGUCAGGGCAGGAGAAGGCGUGA